GCACGUGCGCCAGGGGGCGGGGGGGAAGACGGAUUCCGCAAAGCAGCAGCAGCAGCAGCGCGCGGACGGGCGGGCGGGCACUAACCGACGGGGCGACCCAGGGUCACAAAACAAGCGCACCAACUCUCUGAACAACCGCUUUUCUUUUCUUUUUUUUUUUUGUUGUUUUGUUUUUUUAGAGCUAACGAGAAUAACGCAGGAGCUUAAUAGCUAACCUGAAAUGGCGACGGCCAUAUACUUGGAGCAUUACCUCGACAGUAUUGAAAACCUACCAUGUGAGCUGCAGAGAAACUUUACUUUGAUGCGCGACCUGGACAAUAGGACUGAAGAAAAGAAAGGAGAGAUCGACAAACUGGCUGAAGAGUACAUCGCGCAGGUGAAGAACCUGGCCUCGGAGCAGAGAGUGGAACACCUGCAGAAGAUCCAGCACGCCUACAGCAAGUGCAAAGAGUUCAGCGAUGACAAAGUUCAGCUUGCGAUGCAGACAUACGAAAUGGUGGACAAACACAUCCGCCGGCUGGAUGCAGAUCUGGCUCGGUUUGAGAAUGAGCUGAAAGAGAAACUGGAUAUGAGCGGCUACGAAAGUACAGAAGGAAGAGCCGUGAAGAAGGGUGAAUCCCGGGGGCUGAGAGAGAAGCGGGCAUCCAGAGGAAGAGCGAGGAAAGGUUCUGAUGAAGAUUCUCCCAAAAAGAAAAAGAUAAAAAACAGCCCCGACGUGAGCGACGCCCUCCUGCCGAUGCAGCCGUCGGACGUCUUGGACAUGCCGGUGGAUCCCAACGAGCCGACGUACUGCCUGUGCCACCAGGUGUCGUAUGGAGAGAUGAUUGGAUGCGAUAACCCAGACUGUCCGAUUGAGUGGUUUCACUUUGCGUGUGUUGAUCUCGCCUCGAAACCCAAAGGAAAAUGGUUUUGUCCGAGGUGCACCCAAGACAAGAAGAAGAAAUGAGGGUUCUUGCUUUCAGAAUUACGUGAAGGGUAACGAGGAUAUUCUUCCACUUGGACCCUAUUUUAAGACCUUUUUGUGUCGACUAACGGAACGAUGCACACGGUCUUAAUUCGGAGAUAUGGUGUGACAACUUUUUCAGAACGAGGCUUCUCCUCGGUUAUACACGAUAACAAACGCACCCGAUCGAGUUUUUUUCCAGAGGGUUCUUUCCAUCAUGUUGUCAAGACACUUAACAAUAACAACAAUAACACAAAGGCGUACAUUGGCGGUGAGGACUUGCCCCCCCGAGCGAGGUCACUGCACCGUGUGCAGAGUUCUCCAUCGAUACUGAACCGGUUUCUAAAUAUCUUCUCCCCGUUAGUCAGAGACCAACACGUGAGAGGAAAAGAAGGUCCAGGUUGAAGAAUACUGAAGUUACUCUUGAACUAAUGAUGUAUGCAUUGUUGUUGUAGUUAAUAGUGUAAUGUGUGUAUAGAUAUCUAUAUAUAGAUAUAUGUAUCUAUAUAUAGAUAUGAUAUUCAGAUUCUACAACUCUCCAUGGACUUUGUGGGUCAUACUGCUUAUUUUUAAUUUUUUUUAAAGGCCUAAUCCGUAGUCCAGCUACACUUGUGGCCCCGUUAUCUCUCCUCCCAAUCAGAACAUCCCUCCUUUUUAAAAUCAUGUAUAUUAUCAUCACUGGCAUACUCACAAAUCUUGGAUUGGGGCUCGAGCUUACUUGAAAUAUAUACAUUUUAUAAAAAGGGCUAUAUAUAUAUAUUUUUUUUUUAAAGAAUCGACAGCCUGCUGAGAAUUAACUACUUAAAAACACCUGACCAAAUUAGUUUGGUGGUAAAAAGUAAUUAUGUGUCAGAUUGUCAGUUAGCUACAAACAUCAGCACUGCACAAAGGACUGCAAAGGAUACCGGUGUAAACAGUGUUUUGAUUAUCUAAAAACAAGCAAAACAAUGAACGUGUAUUCUUUAUUAAUUUUCAAGGAACCUGUGACAUGUUUGAAUGUAUUUUGGUACUAAUGGUCAGUCAGUCGGUGUCUCUCGUCAACUGAAUGAGGUAUUUAAGCACUUUGAAUAAAAUGUCCCCCUGAAGAGGUUUUAUGAUGUAGUUUAGCUCCUUUAAAGCUCUGCCACAGCGCAUCACUUCAAACCAUACGGAAUAUAUAAUACACACAUUUAUCUUUGUAUGAUAUCAAACAAUAUUUUGUGGCCAAUUUUUCUCCAAAAGAUAUAUAUGUUGUAUUGCUUAUUGGUGUACACUCAAAUUUUAUUUAAUAGGAUUUUACUAUCUUUUCCUAUUCAACUGUGAAUAAUACGUUCAGUGUAAAGCCACAAAAUAAUCGAGCCAAAGUCUUUGUAUUUUGUAAAAUUCAGUAUUUUAUAACAAAUAAAUAUUCACUAUUA